AACCUAAAAAUUUUAAACUGUCAGAUCAGUGGGAAUAAAAAUGUUUUAAAAUUUGAGAAUACAUUGUUAAAUAUUUAUAUAUUGUAUAAAAAUGGCUCUCGUUAAGCUUUGCUUACCACUUUUGACUAGAACCGCAAGAUUAUACCCCGUAGCACAACAAGCUCAAAAAAUUCACCGAUGGAUAGCUCCUACUUUGAUGGAGCUGAAGCGAAGAGAAAAGAAGCAGGGCGGUAAGAUAACAAACCCCAGAAACACAUUCCUUGAGUGGAAUUUAGAAGCGGAAUUAUACGCUUUUGGGAAGCGAUUAAAUGAAGACUUCGAUUCGGACCUGUUACUCCAGGCUUUCACUGACAGGUCUUACAUUAUCAAAGAGGAAAUGAAACAAAAAGAAAUGGAAUUCAAAUUGGAAAUGAAGGACAAUAGACAAUUGGCUGAAAAAGGUGAAAAAUUCAUCAGACAGUACAUUCAGUUGUACAUAGAAGCCGCGCUGCCCAAGUUCCCCUUGGAGGGGGUUGCGGAAGUGAGACAGCAUCUGACCAGUGAAGAUACUCUAGCUAACGUCUCUCUCCAUCUGGGCACCAAGGACAUCAUACUUGCUGCUGAGUAUCCAGUGGACAACUACACAUUAGCCACAGCAUUCAAAGCGAUAGUGGGUGCGCUGCUGCAGUCUUGCGGGGAGGAGAGAGCCGCACACUUUGUCAGGGACUUUGUCAUCACGCAACUGCAAGGUCAAGAUGUGAAUGAGUACUGGCAAAUAGAGGACCCUUGGGCCCUGCUGACGGACCUGCUUAAGAACCAGGGGGCUGAGGUGGAGCCCCGGCUGAUUGGCGAGGUCGGCAAGAACACUCUACUAGCUUGCUAUAGAGUUGGCCUUUAUGUAGACAAGAGGAUGAUUUCCGCAGGUUUCGGCGAAAACGUGUCCACCGCCAAAGAGAUGGCAGCGCGCGAGGCUCUGAAGAAGAUCUUCGGCACCGAGGACCACAUGAAGCCCGUCAACUUCCAGCUGCAGGGCAUACCCAAGCCCACCUCGGAGACCAGAUACCAGAUCGCUGCCAGUUGAA